AUGGAUGGAGGAGGGAUGGAGGAGUGGAUGGAAGAGGUGGAUGGAGGUGGAGGAAGGAAGAGGGAGUGGAUGGAGGAAAAGAUGGAGGGAGGUGGAAUGGAAGAGGUCUCAUGUAGUCUGAUACUGGUGGUCUUGUCCCUGCAGGUCUCAUGUAGUCUGAUACUGGUGGUUUUGUCCCUGCAGGUCUCAUGUAAUCUGAUACUGGUGGUCUUGUCCCUGCAGGUCUCAUGUAAUCUGAUACUGGUGGUCUUGUCCCUGCAGGUCUCAUGUAGUCUGAUACUGGUGGUCUUGUCCCUGCAGGUCUCAUGUAAUCUGAUACUGGUGGUUUUGUCCCUGCAGGUCUCAUGUAGUCUGAUACUGGUGGUUUUGUCCCUGCAGGUCUCAUGUAAUCUGAUACUGGUGGUUUUGUCCCUGCAGGUCUCAUGUAGUCUGAUACUGGUGGUUUUGUCCCUGCAGGUCUCAUGUAGUCUGAUACUGUUGGUUUUGUCCCUGCAGGUCUCAUGUAAUCUGAUACUGGUGGUUUUGUCCCUGCAGGUCUCAUGUAGUCUGAUACUGUUGGUCUUGUCCCUGCAGGUCUCAUGUAGUCUGAUACUGGUGGUCUUGUCCCUGCAGGUCUCAUGUAGUCUGAUACUGGUGGUUUUGUCCCUGCAGGUCUCAUGUAGUCUGAUACUGUUGGUCUUGUCCCUGCAGGUCUCAUGUAAUCUGAUACUGGUGGUUUUGUCCCUGCAGGUCUCAUGUAGUCUGAUACUGUUGGUCUUGUCCCUGCAGGUCUCAUGUAGUCUGAUACUGGUGGUCUUGUCCCUGCAGGUCUCAUGUAGUCUGAUACUGUUGGUUUUGUCCCUGCAGGUCUCAUGUAGUCUGAUACUGGUGGUUUUGUCCCUGCAGGUCUCAUGUAGUCUGAUACUGGUGGUUUUGUCCCUGCAGGUCUCAUGUAGUCUGAUACUGGUGGUUUUGUCCCUGCAGGUCUCAUGUAGUCUGAUACUGGUGGUUUUGUCCCUGCAGGUCUCAUGUAGUCUGAUACUGGUGGUUUUAUCCUGCAGGUCUCAUGUAGUCUGAUACUGGUGGUUUUGUCCCUGCAGGUCUCAUGUAAUCUGAUACUGGUGGUUUUGUCCCUGCAGGUCUCAUGUAGUCUGAUACUGUUGGUUUUGUCCCUGCAGGUCUCAUGUAGUCUGAUACUGUUGGUUUUGUCCCUGCAGGUCUCAUGUAGUCUGAUACUGUUGGUUUUGUCCCUGCAGGUCUCAUGUAGUCUGAUACUGUUGGUUUUGUCCCUGCAGGUCUCAUGUAGUCUGAUACUGGUGGUUUUGUCCCUGCAGGUCUCAUGUAGUCUGAUACUGGUGGUUUUGUCCCUGCAGGUCUCAUGUAGUCUGAUACUGGUGGUUUUGUCCCUGCAGGUCUCAUGUAGUCUGAUACUGGUGGUUUUGUCCCUGCAGGUCUCAUGUAGUCUGAUACUGUUGGUUUUGUCCCUGCAGGUCUCAUGUAGUCUGAUACUGGUGGUUUUGUCCCUGCAGGUCUCAUGUAGUCUGAUACUGGUGGUUUUGUCCCUGCAGGUCUCAUGUAGUCUGAUACUGGUGGUUUUGUCCCUGCAGGUCUCAUGUAGUCUGAUACUGUUGGUCUUGUCCCUGCAGGUCUCAUGUAGUCUGAUACUGUUGGUUUUGUCCCUGCAGGUCUCAUGUAGUCUGAUACUGGUGGUUUUGUCCCUGCAGGUCUCAUGUAGUCUGAUACUGUUGGUUUUGUCCCUGCAGGUCUCAUGUAGUCUGAUACUGGUGGUUUUGUCCCUGCAGGUCUCAUGUAGUCUGAUACUGUUGGUUUUGUCCCUGCAGGUCUCAUGUAGUCUGAUACUGUUGGUUUUGUCCCUGCAGGUCUCAUGUAGUCUGAUAC